AAAAGUAUUUUUACAUAUUUAUUUUUACUCAAAUUCAGCGUCAGCAGUAUCAGACAGUUAUUUGGCCGUUGUGAAUGGAGGAACUGCAACAAAGGCACCCGCUGCUCCCCCCACUCACGUGCAACUUCUUCCGGCCACCGCUAGACGACUCUUGCCCCAGCUCCCGGUUCUCAAGUCCCACCCUCCAGCAGGUUCGGAGGCGGGACCUGUCCCGGCAGAGGAGAGGCACGGGCAGAGCAAAGCAGAGGAGAACAGAGCCGAGCGAUUCCCCCUCUCGGCUCAACUCGGCUCGUCGCGCAACGCCGAUCGCUUCGCCUUGCCAAAAAAAAAAACGGCUUAAGGAUACAAAGAGACGGGCGGACAUGCGGUAAGAAGGCAGAGCAUGAGAGCGGCGGAGGGUCACGACGACGCUUCCCCGGACUACCGUCUUCUCUUAGCGGCGUGCGGAUAUCACUGUGGAGCUCUCUGACCGGUGGCUCCGCCGAUGUGCUCGCCGGUUUUUACGUUCCAAAGACCGCUGAAACCUGAUAAGGGGGACUCUAUCGCACAGGACCGCUGAGAGUUAGGUGUGCAACAUGGAUAAAACUUUGCACAUUCUCCAGAAAUCCGCAGACGGCGUACCGACCGGGAUCUCGCUGGAUCUGAGUUUGAACGUGGAUGAAAGGGAGGACUUCGCGGAACAAUCCAUAGUGGGACUCUCGGACAAAAUACCUCUGGUGAAACCUUAUUUCAAAAAGAAACAGAGGAAAUUGGACGCCAAAUGCCUUCACCGCGCCUUGGAGGAGCCCAUCCUGACCACGCUGCUCAGGGGCGACAUGCCGGGGGACGGCGUCUUCGUGCCGCGGAGUCAGGCCGGACGCACGCCGGGGAACCUGUGCGCGGCGGUCGCCGCUAAACAGAACUGCAUCGUGCCGGUGUGCGCCCUCAAAGACUCGCCGGCCGCUGACGCCGGCGCAGCGGGUGGCGGAGGCGGCGAUGUGGAGAUGGCUGAUACUACUGCGGAGCUGGAGGAGACGGAGCGGCGAGGGGAGCGACCCAAGGCGGGCCUCAGGGCGGCGGGGAGCGCGGGCACGGUCACGUCAGCCAGCAGGGACGUACCUCCCGUAGUCGCACCCCAGGCUUCUCACCAGGAGGGAGCCAUCAAAAGCAAUGACCUCUCAACUCACCCCAACCCACCCCCUGCUCAAGACGGCACUUCCCUCCAGGACUCCCACCCCCUACUCCUGCAAGCCCCGCAGCCAGACAAAAGAGUGCUUUUUCAGAACAAAAGUGAAGAGGCCUCCCUGGACUUAGUGUUUGAGCUGCUCACCCAGCUUCAGUAUCACACGCACCAGUCAGACUCCGUGGACAUUUGUGUGGAUUUCCUCCAAGGACAAUGCGUGUAUGGCAGCGACUGCGCCCACCACCACACGGUCCUGCCCUACCACUGGCAGAUCCGCAGGAGCGACACGCAGACGUGGCAAAGCAUCGCCGAUGAGUCCCAGGAGCAGCUGGAGAGACUCUACUGCAAUCCUGACAAUGACCAAGUUCGGCUCAAGUAUCAGGGGUCAGUGUUUUCCCUGGACUUCGGGGCCAUGCGGGUUUGUGACCUGAAGUUUGACCGCGUCCGCCGACUGACCACUCCCCCCAAUCCCCUUGCCAUGCCUGCGACGAACCCAAACCCCACCCCUAGCUGUCACACAGUGUGGAAGUACUACUGCAGAGACAACUUUGGCUGGAGGGAAUACUCAGAGCCUGUGGUGAAACUUAUAGAGAAGGCAACUCUCAGGGGUCUCAAGGAGGUGCGAUUCAUUACGCUCCAGAACCAGUACAUCCUAAACAUCAGGGAGGGCUUCCAGCAGAACGCCAUGUUUGGGUUCAGACGUCAGAUCAAGAAGCGGCCCAUGUUCAUGUCCUCAGUGAUGCUUGCACCCCACCUCGAGACUUUGGGUGGCAUUUCUUCAUCUCCACUGCCCAGUUCUUCUUCCUCUUCCUCCUCCAUGGAUCUCACAUCAUCGCAUCCGCUCUCCCCGACGACCACCAACCCUCCGAGCCUUUUCCCCGAGACGUGGUUGCCCAUGGCGGUGAACCAGGACUUCCUGCAGGUGCCCGUGUCCCGAGACGACCGCAGCUACAGGACCGUGUACAGUUUGUUCCACAAAACGGUGGCCGAGACCAAGUUCAGGAUCAUUAAAAUACUCCGGGUACAAAACCCCUUCCUCUGGGAGAAGUACAAAAGGAAGAAGGAGUACAUGUCCAGACGUAUGACGGAGGUGGACCGGCUUCUGAGUGAGCGUCACCUCUUCCACGGCACCUCGGCGGAGGUGGUGGAGGGGAUCUGCAAGCACAACUUUGACCCGCGGGUCUGCGGCAAACACGCCACCAUGUUCGGCCAGGGCUCCUACUUUGCCCGGAAGGCCGUGUACUCGCACAACUUCUCCAAACGCUCGCCCAAAGGAGUCCACUGCAUGUUCCUGGCCAAAGUUCUCACUGGCAGGUUUACGGUAGGAAACCCUUCCAUGCGGCGACCGCCACCCAUCAACCCCCGCGAUGCCUCCAGUGACCUGUAUGACUCCUGCGUGGACAACUGGGUGGACCCUCAGAUCUACGUCAUCUUCAACGACGACCAGAGCUACCCGUACUUCAUCAUCCAUUACGAGGAGGUGCCCAACACGGUAGCCCUCUGAGCACACUUUGUUUUAGGUUGCUCGGGCGGUUGGUCUCAGCUAACUCCUCCCAGCGGCUUAAAACGCGUCGUAAAAGACUCUCGCAUACGAAGCUGUCAACUGGACUGGACUCUGCAGUCAAGAACCACAGUCCAUGUCCAGAGAAGACUCAACUGGAUACAACUGGACAAGAAUCUCUGUCACUCCCUCAGUACGUUCACAUGCGCUGGAGAAUACCCAAUGAGUGACAGUAUGACUGGAUAAUUGGAUUGAAAUCCCGAUUUGCUCCUUUGACACUUCAAAUCUACCCAAAAACUGGAUCACAUUCAAUUCACGAGAGACUGGGAGAAGGGUACAUCCAGUACACGGAGAGUAGGAACUGCUACUUAAUGAAAGUGUGCAUGUAAACAUACUGAGCAUUUAGCGGUGGACGGCAGCUGGCAAGAUUUGCGCUUGGCUGUAGUCUUAAAUCAUGUUUACUGAACUAAAACAUUUUAGGAAAUCAAACGUUAUCACCCUUAUCUUCUUGACUUAGUCGUUUGGCUGUAAAUGAAACACGGCUCCGUUUGCGGGUCACACCGUAAUAGGCGGUUGGCAUGUUUAACUUUAGUAUUUCAAGUAAGCAGCGAUCAAACCAACGUAGGCUUCCAAUAACUCAGACCGCGCCAUUAAUUAAAAACAAUAAUGAGAUAUAAACAACAACAACAACAAAAAAAGACAACCCCUUGUGUUUUCCCAGCUGCUGGCCUGUAAUGUUUUUCAAGUUUCAAGUCGUGUUGCGUGCUUCUAUAUAGUGGAAAUCAAUACAAUCUCGGGGCUUCUUCAACCAGUCAAUGGAUGGGAGUUUUGAGCGAGACUUUUUCCCAAACGGACAUCUACGUACUGUAAGUCUUCGGGCGGAGGACUCUUACGAACUUGCGACUAUUCCUGCUUGGCGUCGUGGCCUUGGCGCCCCACCGCUUUACUUCCCAAAAGGGGGAAUCGAAGUGUGUAAUUUUAAUGCUGAGGCUGCACCAUCUUUUGCUUUCUCUCUCUCUUUCUCUCGCUCUCUAUCUUCUCUCUUAUUUCCUCUCUCCUGACUGCUCAUGUUCAUUGACAGUAGAAAGGUAUGAUUGAGACAUAACUGUACAAAUGUUCUUUGUUUAUAUUUGAACUUGUGUGCCUUUUGUUCAUAAAAAAUGUUUAUUUAUGUUAGUUUAAUGUUACAUUGAUUGAAUAAAAAAA